AUGUCAGAGAAGGAGGAAGAAGUGGGACGGGAGGAAAUCCCUCAAACCGUUGACGCCCCUGAUGAGCAUACGGGGGGAAGUCGAAACCCAAGUCCAGUUGCAGACCUUGAACCUCAAUCGCCGGAUGUGACUAACGGAGGCGGCGAAGCAGACGAGACAUCGUUCCUGGGCAGCAUGUUCAGCUCCAGGAGGAUAGCCUCGCUCAAGACUCUCUGCGAACUCGGUGGAGCAGGGGAGAAUGCGGGCGAGGGCGACGCGGUACCGAGUGGGCUGAUGACUUCUUGCUCCUUCGCCUCCUUCUUCUCAGCAGCGUCCAACAUGGACGAAGGGAAGGACUGCGAGCAGGAGAGGGUGCAAGGCAGCAGAGAGGAGGACUCUGGUCCUAUUGAUGUGGGAGGAAAAUCCUUGCAGGAGCAGGGCAAUGUUGUUCUGCCCUCGCUUGUGAAUCCCACGGCCAUGGUCGGCAACUUAGGAUGGUUCUGGAGGACCUUGGGCACGAGCCUCUUCGGAGGAGCUGUGAUGGAGAGGAAGCAAGUGGAGGAGAUCCAGUCCGCGGCAUCUUGUGGGACGAUUGUGUACGUCGUCGAGGCCCACUCGUGGCUGCACCUGCUGUUCUGGAACUUUAUCCUCAUCCGGCAUCGCCUUCCUCUCGCAUCGCUCGCCGUCGGGCUGGUUGUCCUGCCCUACGUCUCCCUCAUGUGGCCCGUGUGGCUCUUGUUUCACCUCCUGCAGCUCCUGGGGAUGUCGCAGCAGCAGAGGAAGGAGUCACGAAAGUCCAAGGCUGUGCAGGCAGCUCGCAAUGGGCAGCCGCUCAUCUUCUCCGCAGGAGGAGGGAGGGGGGGGGAGGAGGCGUGCGAGCUUUUGGAGGACAUCAUCGUCCUCCAGAGGAAUUCCUCCAUGCCGUUGAUCAUCUGUCCGCUCAUUGCGAUCUGGAACCGAACGCCGCUCCCCUCCUCCGGACCUCAUCGAUCGAAGGGGUCGAGGGGGUUGGAGAGCCAGGAGGAGGCGACUGGCUUCCUGCAGUGCAUCGUGAGCGGCGUGUUCGGGUCCAAGAGGCAGCCGAGCCCCUUGAGAGCGUUUGUGUCCUUGCUCCUCGACCUCCGCGAUCACAUGCAGGUCGGGGGAGGGCUUCCGAUCAACUUGAGCGAGUGGCUGCUGGACUAUCGCGCUGCCUCCUCUCCAAAGCAUGAUAAGUUUAGAGAAGAGGAAGGAGACAGGAGGAGUGAGGGAGAAAGAGAGGAUAAAUACGAGGAGGUCACUGGCCCUGCUCGUCAGCUGAGGAGGGAAGCGAGGAAGGAGAUCUUGUCGUCUGUGCGAGUGAAGGCAGCGAUAGCAGCAGCGGCGGCUCAACAGGCUCAAGUCCGGACGAUGUCCUGCUGCUUGCGAGGAUUCUUCAAUCUGAUGUUUCAUGCCGUCUACCUCGACGAGGAGGGACUUUCAGCAGUCCAACGCGUCUCGAUGGAGAAGAACUGUCCUGUUAUCUACGUGCCAACGUACCGAGGGGUUCUCGACUACUUGUUGUUGACUUACAUUCUAUUCACAAGGGACAUGGCAACGCCUGUGAUUGCCUGCUCGGAGAGCUCGCAUAUGAUCCUGAAGUUUCUCUUGAGGCGUGUUGGCGGAUUCUUCAUGAGAAAGUCACUUGCAAGUGAAGACAACCUCUACAAGGAGAUCUUUCGCGAGUACAUCUCCUUCCUGCUGGAAACAAGAUCCAACCUUGAGGUCUUCAUCCAAGGAUCUCGACCCUACUCGAUGGGGCUGGUGGGGGUUGCGGUGGAGGCGGUGAUGAGUGGGAGAGUGAAGGAUGUGGUAGUUGUUCCGAUCUCCAUCCAGUACGAUCGGGUCGUGGAGGGGAACAACUACGGGAAGCAGAUCUCAGGGGAUCAGAAAGUCUCUCCUGCGCUUCCUGCCUUCCUUGCGUCUCACUGGAACAUCCACAUGGGUUUUGGAAACAUCAUCAUCAACUUUGCAGAGCCGCUAUCCGUUCGAGCAGGGUUGCAGCAGGGAAUGCAGCCAGAGAGGAAGGCGGAGGGGCAGGAGGAGGAGAAGGACGAGGCUCGCCGGUCAGGCUUCAAUGUCGUUCGUACCGUUGCAACUUUAGUACAUGAGGUUACUUGGAUGGUAAAUCAGAGAACAGUGAUAAUCCCAACAUCGCUUGUCGCUACGGUUCUUCUCACAAACUCCUGCCGGGGCAUUUCGCUCUCCGAUCUCGUCGAGAACGUGCAGUGGUUGAAGAUCGAGAUCAUGGCGCGAGGAGGACUCGUUGCUCCCAUGCAGGAGAUGGCGCGAGCUGUUGGCAACAGUGUGAAGAGAAUUUCCAACUUUGUCAAGAUCCCCACGCCUGAAAAGGCCGGAAGGAAAGUGCACUGGAUCAGGACUGCGACGCUCUUGCGAGAUGCCGAGAUUCUCGCUGAGAUCCUCAAGCUUGAGUUCACCUACUCCCCCCGCGAAUCAAAGAUUGAUUGCAACUCAGGGACUGUUCUUCCUCUCUAUGACGACGGAUACGGUGAAAGAGUGCAAAUUCUCACCACGAGACAGGCUCGGAGGAUGAUCGGCCUUCUUCGCGGCAUGCUGCUUCCGUUUCUUGACGCUUACUGGGUGGCAGCGCUCAGCCUUCUCCCUCUACAGACUGAAGCGAAAGGAGGCGUGCUUCUUUCCUCCCACCUCAAGCGGAUGCAGAAGAUCGCACAGACCAUGUACCUCGAAAACAAGGUUCACAGCAGUGAAGCCUCGUCCUCCGUCAGCUUGAUCAACGCUGUCACUAUGCUUGAGGCCAACCGGCUCAUCGCCAGGAGCGCCAUCGAGCAAGGCGUCCUCAUUCGGGUCAACGACACACGAGACCGCCCGACAGGCGAGGCUCUCUUUCGGUCCUUGGUCGAUGCGAUCAAGCAGAUCGACGCGAGGAGGAGGAUAGCAGCGACCUUGCGUAUGGGACCGCUGCAGCACGAGCCCAGCAUCACCUGA